ACUGGGAGCGGCAAUGCAAAGUAGUAGCCACCGAUAACUAUGUCUUCAUCUUCAGACACAACAACCACCUCAACCACCUUAACCUCCACGACCAACAAGAACAAGAAGCUCGUAAUCUGCAUAGGUGACAUCCAUGGCUACAUAACCAAGCUCCAAAACGUAUGGUCCAACCUCGAAUCCGCCACGGACCCACACGACUUCAAAACCGCCACAAUCAUCUUCCUCGGCGAUUACUGCGACAGAGGCCCCAACACCCGUGACGUCAUCGAUUUCCUCAUCUCCCUUCCAUCUCGAUACCCAAACCAAACCCAUAUCUUCCUCGCCGGAAACCACGAUUUCGCGUUUGCGGCGUUCGUGGGAGUGCUUCCACCGGCGGCGGGUGGAGAAGGGUUUCGCGGCGGUUGGAGGGAGUAUGAGGAGAGUGAAGAGAGGGAAGGGUGGUUUAAGGGAGAAGGGUAUGAAGAGAUGCAUUUGCAAGGAAGAAGGUGGGCUGGGAACAUCACUGUUAAGGUUAAUACCGUUAAAGGAACCGAGUAUCAGGGUUCAAUUUAUGAUGCAGCACCCACCUUUGAGUCCUACGGUGUUCCUCAUGGUUCUGCAGAUUUGAUCAAGGCUGUUCCUGAUUCGCACAAGAAAUUUCUUGCCGAUUUGAUUUGGGUCCAUGAGGAGGACGAUGUCUUCGUGAACACUGAAGAUGGAGUUGAAUGCUGCAAGUUGAUUGCUGUUCAUGCCGGUUUAGAGAAAGGAGUGGAUGUGAAACAGCAGUUGCAAAUGUUGAAAUCUCGCGAUACUCGAGUGCCUAAGGUACCACAGCUUAGUGGAAGAAUGAAUGUAUGGGAGAUUCCAGAGGAACUAAGAACGAGUCCAACCAUCAUUGUUAGUGGUCACCAUGGAAAACUCCAUGUAGAAGGCUUAAGACUGAUCAUAGAUCAAGGUGGUGGAUAUGCACAUAAACCAGUAGCUGCAAUUGUUCUUCCUUCAAUGAAGAUUAUUCGCGAUACAGAUGUUUUGGCUUAAGUAGUUUCCUACUUAUGAUAUUUUUUUUUCAUCAUAAUACAAUCUUAGUCAAAAUAUUAAGCUUUAAUCAAAAUUAUUCCUCCUUGAUUUUACAUAUUUA